GGCCCUCUGUGCGCAGUCCCUUGCCCUCCCUGCGCGCGCCUCGGCGGACACGCACUUCCUGCGAGGCCUCCGCGCAGCCCUUGGCCCACCCGAGCGAGCUGAGCCCCUCUGAAGCGUUCGCCAUGGUGGACGAGCUGGUGCUGCUGCUGCACGCGCUCCUGGUGCGGCACCAGGCCCUGAGCAUUGAGAACAGCCGGCUGAUGGAUCAGCUGCGGCUGCUGGUGUGCGAGCGAGCCACCCUGCUGCGCCAGGUACGUCCGCCCAGCUGCCCGGUGCCCUUCCCCCAGACGUUUAGCGGCGAGAGUGGCCGACUCCCGGAGUUUAUUGUGCAGACGACCUCCUACAUGCUGGUCAACGAGAACCGAUUCUGCAACGAUGCCAUGAAGGUGGCCUUCCUCAUCAGCCUCCUCAGCGGGGAAGCCGAAGAGUGGGUGGUGCCUUUGAUCGAGAUGGAUAGCCCCAUCCUAGUCAACUACCGGGCCUUUGUUGAUGAGAUGAAGGAUUAUUUUGGCUGGGAUGAUGAUGAAGAGGAUGAAGAUGAUGAAGAAGAGGACUAUUACUAGGCCUCGUGACUCUCUGUCUUGGGGGUGGGGCCCACAAGCCUCGCACCCCCUCCCCUGCGCUACCACCCUCCCCCAUCUCCUCUGUGUUCCUUGGCCCCCUCCUCUCUCUUGCAGUGCUCUGGCCCUUCCGGUUUCCCCUACACCCACACCCUUAGUGCUUGUCUUUGUUCAAGAUACCUGCUGCUGAGGCCAGCCCAGGGCCGCUCCCCGCUCCCUGCGCAUUUGGUGUUUUCCCUGUACUCCAGCUGUAGGCCAGGCCCAGGUGACAAAUUGGACAGAGUCUGCACAAUUUUACUGCCGCCACCCACCCAACUGCGAGGCCUGAUCUGCCCCAGAGACCCAGGCUGCGUCCACCCACCACUUUCCACCAACAGCCCUCCGUCUUUGGAACUGAGGACCAAUCUAGAAGAUGCCAGAGGAGCUUCAUCUCCUUGGACAAUAAGACUUGCACAGCCCACUGGCCCGUGCAAGGGCCAACCGUUCAGUCUGAUUAGUUCCCUACCAAUUGCCAGCGACCUUCCCUGCCCCCGCCAGAUGGGGGCCAGGGCCUGGCCUGCCUACCAUCCCAAUUGGGACACCUCUUCUGCAUCAGUGAUACACAGCUGUCAUGGGUUUGGUUUUUUUUUCUGUGAAAAUUGCAGCAGUCCUAUAGAUAUGUGCAUUUGGACAAAAAACUUACAGCCAACAGAAACCAACAAAACCAGACACUCAACCCGAUUCUCCCUGGAAAACGCAUUUGCAUUCUUUUUAAUAAAUAUCAAGCACUACUAAA